CAGCCUAAAACAACACACAGUCUAUUCAGAGAGAGAGAGAGAGAGAUGAUGAUGAUCAGCAGCGGCCGGAUCACACUUCCAAAGGGUUUCCGAUUCCAGCCAUCCGACGAGGAGCUGCUGAGUCAUUACUUGGAGAAGAAGAAUUAUCAGAGCAAGGAUCCCCAAAUCGAGGCCAUCAUCCCAGAAAUCAAUGUGUGCGACCACGAGCCCCGCGAUUUACCAGCACUGGUGUUCAAAAGGGCGGAAUUUCUGGACAAGGAGUGGUUCACCAUGGCGGACUCUCCGGACAUGGAGCGGUACUUCUUCAGUCCGCUAGUUUUUAAAAACAGCACUAGCAAAAGCAAAAGCAAAGGCAAAGGCAAAGGCAAAAGCACUCAAAUCAACAGGGCUACCAAGGAAGGCUCCUGGAAGAAGCAAGGCGGUGACAAAAGAAUCACUCGGCCCUAUUCAGAUAAGCAGAUCGGGGGGAAGAGGAUCUUGACCUUCUACCUGCGGGAUAAACAGAGGACUGACUGGGUUAUCCAUGAGUAUUAUCUCACCAAGGCCAAUUCUGAUGAGCAGGUCGGGGACUUUGUUCUCUGCCGCUUGAAGAACAAGUCAGGCAAGUCUGAUCAUGAUCAGCAGGAUGAUCCACUGUGCGAUGGAGGUGAACCUAAUAGUGGUAGCUGCAGUAUGGUCUCCAAUGUUGAACAUCAAGGAUCCAAAGAGCUGGGAACUGUUCUUCCCAUUUCCAAUAUCAAUGAUGAUGAAGCUGAACGUGGUGGCGGUAGCUGCAGUAUGGCCUUCAAUGUUGAAAAUCAACCAUCCAAACAGCUGGAGAAUGUUCUUCCGAUUCCCAAUCGCAGUGAUGGUGACACUGAACAUGGUGGUGGCAGCUGCCACAUCGCCUCUGGUUUCGAAAAUGAAGCUGCAGAAUUUGGUUUGCUUACAGAAGAAGAAAUAAACCAGACCUUCAAGGAGCUGAUAGAUGCUGUUAGGGAAUAUGAUGGUAAUGAGCAAGAAGUUAGAGGCUCACAAACUGAUUUUUGUUAUAUUGAUCAGAAUGAUCAUUGGAUCUCUGUUGAAGAUCAACCAGCUGAUAGCUGCAUUUCAUCUGAUUCCAUUGUGGUUGAAAAGCCCCUUGAUGAGCCAGGAAAUCUGGCCUUGCACCGUCAUCCACUUCCGCCACCCAAUAUGGUUGAAAAGCCACUUGAUGAGCCAAGAAAUCUGGCCUUACCCCUUCAUCCACCUCCGCCACCCAAUAUGUUUGAAAAGCCACUUGAUGAGCCAGGAAAUCUGGGCUUACCCCUACAUCCACCUCCAUCACCUCAACUGCAGUCACCAAUAUACACAAAGCUGGGCACCACCAAUGUCCAAAAUGAUGAAUCUCGUAAGAGGAAAUAUUCAUUUGGGGAUAAUGACUCUUUUCUUACGAAGAAGAAUCAUAUUGAUGAAGUAGAUAGCAACUCUUCAUCUAAUUCUGAAAAUCAAGCUGCGGAUGCGAUUCCAGAGGGAUAUUCUCAACCAGGAGAAAAUCUGGAAUCUGAAUCAUUUCAGUCGCAGGAACUACCAUCAAUAAACAGAGUACCGGGAGAUUUUCCCCAUGACAAUAAUUUAAUUGAAUGGGGUAAGUUUUCACCUAUAACAGAAGGUUUUGACUCUUCUCUCGAGUUCUCAGAUACAUUUAUUGAUUGCUACCCCUGUGACUGAAACACCGAAGUCAUCUUUGUAUCGGUAAACGAUUAUUCUACAUUAGCCAUAGGAGAAACACCCAAUGUAGCUAAUCAACCCAAUGGAGGCCACAGUAAUGAUGUGUCUGUAACUUGCAUUAUUAUUGUUGGUAAUAAUUAUUAUUGUUGGAAACUUCUUAAUCGUUUUGGCAUACAGUUACAACUCAGGACAGCUGAACUAGUCUGUACCUGUUUUUCUUUUCUUUUUCUUUGAGAGGGGGAGGUGUUGCUGUGUCACAGCAUCCCCCAGUGAACUCGUAGUUGAAAGAGAGACCAGCAAAUCCAUAUGGUUGGAAUGCCCUACUCUGAAUGCAACGAGUCCAGGGAAAUAAAGAUUUCUUUUCUCAUAAGCAGUUCCUCAGAGGUGGAGCUUCCUCUGUUGACGUUACUACCGAUUUUCAUUCCUCAGAUUGUCUUGUCCAUAUAAGUACCAACAUUCCUUCCUCUAUCGUGUCAACAAAAGUACCGAUAUUUGUUCCUCAUAUCCAUAGUUUUCAAAUGUCCUAAAAUUAAAGGUCAUAAGUAUCCAUAUUUUCAUCCCCAUUAUUGAGUCCUCAGGAUCACCAAUAGUCAUUCCUCAAGCAGAUACUCUGCAAUUAGUCUGUCCUUAAGAUCAAAGGACAUACACUACACAUCAGUAUCAUCCGAUAUCGAUGACAAUCACAGAAAUAAACAUGGGAGGUGCUCCUAGAAGAAUCCGACUGCAGAGCAGCAUCACAAGCCAAGGUUGGUGAAGAUGCAGAGGCAUUAUAUUUGCUGUUUAUCUUGCCCAGAAGAAACUGAAAGUCCUGGAAGCAGACAACAGUUCAAAGCUGGCAGCAAUUUAUAGGAUUCUUCCAUUUUCCAGGAAGCAUCUCCUUCAAACAGUAAAGCAUACGGACCGAGUUCGUAGUCCUAGCCUGAGAGGCCACUAUGGACAAACAACUGUAGCAUAGUCGCUAAUCUGUAAGCGGUAUUACAUAGCUGCUGAAGAAUAAUCAAGCUGCGGCAUUCUGUCUGAUUAUUGAAAUAGGAAGUUUUGGGCUCCAUCUGUUAAUGGAGUAGCCUAAGAGGCCACUAUGGGCAACGCAACUGUUGCAUAGUCGCUAAUCUGGAAGUCGGAUUGCAUAGCAGCUGCAGAAUGGCUGCUGAAGUCCUGAAGACAUUGAUAAUCAGGCAGCAGCAUUCUGUCUGGUUAUUAAUAAAUGAAGUUUUGGGCUCCAUCCUUCAAUGGAGUAGUAGUUACAAUCAUUUCUGAGAUGUAUGAAUACAAUUAAAGGUCAUAGAGAGGACUUCAGACUAAGAGUCUGACCCAUGCCUACAACCAAAAAUUGUAUUUCUGUUCAUAUUGCUUUUGUUUGUAUUACAAUUAAAGGUCAUAGAGAGGACUUCAGACUAAGAGUCUGACCCAUGCCUACAACCAAAAAUUGUAUUGCUGUUCAUAUUGCUUUUGUUUGUAUUACACUAAUAUUAUUUGUACAUUUUGUUCAUUAUGAAGCUUUAAUGUUAAGUGGAAUUUUGUGUAUUCUA